CGUGCCGGUUCUAGGCGCAAGGGGGAAUUUCCUCCCCGGAGCAGCCGGGAUCGCUCCGCGACAGCCGAGGGGCGUGCGGCGAGGUUGGGGUGAGAGCAGCCCCUGCGGCUUCCACCGUCCCGGCGCGGUGCCGCCGGGGCCGGCAGGGGGCACGCGCGGCACGGCGGUGAAGAGCCCGGUUCCGGCCGCGGUUCCGGUUCCGGUCCCGGCCCGGUGGCGGCGGCGCGCGCGGCGGUGUCCGCCCGCCAUGCGAUGUCCGCGCUCAACUGGAAACCCUUCGUGUAUGGCGGGCUCGCCUCCAUCGUGGCCGAGUUCGGCACGUUCCCCGUGGACCUCACCAAGACGCGGCUGCAGGUGCAGGGGCAGAGCGCCGACGCGCGGUUCCGCGAGGUGCGGUACCGGGGCAUGUUCCACGCGCUCUUCCGCAUCUGCCGCGAGGAGGGCGGACGGGCCCUGUACUCGGGGAUCGCCCCGGCACUGCUGAGACAGGCGUCCUAUGGCACUAUCAAGAUCGGGAUCUACCAGAGCCUGAAGCGGCUCUUUGUGGAUCGCAUGGAAGCCUUUUCAGCUGUGAGCUCCAUGCCUGGAUGUUUGUCUCCCUACAGGCCUGGGGCAGCCAGUGGCCUGGUGUCCUCUGGGAAGUGUCGUGAUGAAACGUUGCUCAUCAAUGUGAUCUGUGGGGUGGUCUCGGGGGUCAUCUCCUCUGCGCUGGCCAAUCCCACAGAUGUGCUGAAGAUCCGAAUGCAGGCUCAGGGCAGCUUGUUCCAGGGUGGGAUGAUUGGCAGCUUCAUUGACAUCUACCAGCAGGAAGGUACCCGAGGCCUCUGGAGGGGUGUUGUCCCCACGGCCCAGCGAGCGGCCAUCGUGGUGGGGGUGGAGCUGCCAGUCUACGACAUCACCAAGAAGCAUCUGAUCCUGUCAGGCCUCAUGGGGGACACCAUCUUUGCCCACUUUGUUUCCAGCUUCACGUGCGGGCUGGCGGGAGCCAUCGCCUCCAACCCCGUGGACGUGGUGCGGACGCGGAUGAUGAACCAGCGCGCGAUCGUGGGCAGCACCGAGCUCUACAAGGGCACUCUGGAUGGCCUCAUCAAGACAUGGAAGAGUGAGGGCUUCUUUGCACUCUACAAAGGCUUCUGGCCCAACUGGCUUCGUCUGGGUCCCUGGAAUAUCAUUUUUUUUAUCACGUAUGAGCAGUUGAAGCGCCUCCCCUUCUGAGAGCUGCCUUCAUCUCACCAGAGUCAUCCUCGGGGCUGGCAGCAGAGCUGUGCUGCCACCUCCCUCUUCAUCCCACUGUCCCCAUGUCGUGGUGUUUGGUCCCUGUGGGCUGGGCUCUCCCCACAUGCACGGUCCCUGGAGCACGAGCUGCCUGGCACAGGCGGGGGCCGCAUGUUUCCCACCCGGAGGUGUCUGUGUGCCUGAGCCUGCAGGAAUAUCUUCUAUGAAGAUCUGUGUGUUCCAGUGGCCUUUGGGGCACUGUGGCUCGUGGCUUGCAGGUGUGGGUCUCCUCCCGUGCCCGUGGGGCGGGGCCUGUGAAGGUGCCAUUGUCAUCAUGUUUCUUGCAGAACUUGUCACUUCAUUAAAUUAUUUAUUGACUGGA